AUGGCUGCGUUCUUCCAUUCUGGUGAGGGAAGAGUAGAGCUUGAAGUUGGGGAAACUGCGACUCUGCAUACUGCUGCUUCUUUUUGGGCUGCUGUGUGUCCUUCAAGCGGUUCUCAAUGUCACCUUGAGACUGGUCCAAAGUCCGAUCACAAGCCAAGGUACUUCUUCUCAAGUGUUAACCUACUUUGGUACGUGUUACGGGGAGUGUGUGUGUUCCUGGUGUGUGUAGGUCUGCUGGAGGAGCAGCUCUGUCCACAAGGCUGGCUGAAGUUCCGUGCCAGCUGUUACUUCUUCUCCAGGCGGAGAGACAACUGGGCCAACAGCAGGAUAGAAUGUCUGCGUGCAGGGGCCGACCUGGUCAUCAUCAACGACCCGCAGGAGCAGGCGUUUCUCACUGGGUUCAGUGAGGCGGCUUGGGUGGGAAUGACUGACAUGAAGGAGGAAGGAACCUGGCUUUGGGUGGAUGGAACUCCAGUAGAGGACAGCAGAGUGCGGUGGGCGCAAGGACAACCGGAUGGUGCGUAUGGAGGAGAAGACUGUGGUGAACUUCAUUUCAUGAACAAUUUCAUCAAUUUGAAUGACUACAACUGUAACACAAGAUUACAGUGGAUUUGUGAGAAGAAAACCAAAUGACUCAAUGAGCUGAAGCUGCUGAUGCUGCUGAGUUUG